CAAUCAACAAAAUCAUUAAAUCAAUUAAUACGACCAAAUAUUGAUUAUUAUAAUCAAAUUGAACAAACAAUUAUGGAACGUAUACGUGAUAUACAACGUGAACAUCAUCAACGUUCAUUACAACAAUUAUUAUUAUCAACAAAACAACAACAACAACAACAACAAUCGAUAGAUAAUAAUGAUGGUAGUAAUAGUAAAAAAAUUGAUAAUGUUUAUGAUACAGUAGCUGAUGUAAUGGGCGAUAAUAUCGAUAAUAUCGAUAUUAAUCAACAAUCAUUAUUAUCUGAUAAUGAUAAUAAUAGUAAUAAUAGUAAUAGUUAUUAUAAUCGUCCAAAUGAUUUACCUGAAAUAUCAAAAAAAUAUCAAUCAACAAAUUUAGAUAUGCAACGGCAAGAUAUUGAACAAUGGUUAGAUUCAAUGGAACAACGUUUAGCUAAUAUUAGUAUUGUUAAUAAUCAAUUUGUACAACAGAAUCAGAAUAAUCAGAAUACGACACAGAAUAACAAAACAUCAGUUACUGCUACUGAAUCAAAAGAUCUUAAAUCACAAUUAACAAUUUUAUCAGAUUAUGAAAGUGAAUGUAAUCAAUAUAGUUAUCGAUUACAAACAUUAUGUAAUUCAAUAGAUUCAAGAAUAUCAUCAUUAACAUCGAUAAAAUUGAAUGAAAAAAAUCAAUCACAACAACAACAACAACAACAACAAUCAUCAUCAUCGACAGUGAUCAAUAGUAAUAACAUAUCGAUGCCCUAUUAUGAGCAUUUGAUCAAACUUCGUAAACAAGCUAGUGAUAUGCAAUGUCGUUGUAAUUAUUUAUAUCUUUGUAUUAAAUGUAAAACAAGAAGUUUAAAUGAAUUAUUAUCAUUAACAUCGUCUUCCUCUAAUCGUAAUUUAUUAAUGUCAAUGGUAAAUGGUGGUUCAUCAUCGGGUACCGAUUUAGAUAAUUAUGGUACACAAUCAUCGAAAAAGUCUUCCAAAUCAAUUUCAUCGAUUAAAUCAACAAAUUUACAAUCAUCAUCACCUGAUACAUCAACAACAACAACAGCAGCAGCAGCAGCCGCAUCAUCAUCAUCAUCUUUAUCACAAUCACAACAAAUAACAUCAAACAAUCAAAUAUCAUCAUCAUCAAAUAAUAAUAUAAAUUAUAGCCUACAUGAACAAUCAGAAAAACGAUUUAAUAAAUGGUUAGCUGAAAUGGAACAAUCAUUAGAUUUUAUUGAAAAAGGUUUAGCUGCUGAAAGUGCACUUAUUAAUAUUAAUAAUGAUGGUACAAUAACAAAUAUUAAUAAUGAUGAUACAUCACUUUAUAGUAAUGUAUCGGAAAUGCAACAAAUGCAUAUGAAUUAUUAUGAAAAGAUUAAGAUAAUACAAAGAGAAAUUGAACAAAAACGUACUGAUCAUCGAUUAUUAAUGGAAUUAUUGGAUAAUAUACCAAUAUCAACAACAACAACAACAACAUCGGCAACAUCAACAUCGACAACAACAACAAAUCAGGAUUCAAAAUCAUCGAUUAGUAAUAAUCGUCAACAACAACAACAACAACAACAAUCAAUUGAUCCAUGGUUAUUAAAAUUUCGUAAUCGUAUUGAACAAAUGAAUGGACGUUGGAAUAAUGUACGUUUACGUGUAUUAACAUUACGUUCACGUUUAGAAUCAAGUUCAUUUGUAAAUAAAUCAUUAACAUCAACACUAACAACAAAAACAACAUGUCCAGUACCUGUUAGUUAUUCAACAGUAUCAUUAUAUUCAGUUAUUAAUAAUAAUCAACAACAAAAUUAUGGUUGGAAUCAUCAAAAUCAACAUCAAAAUAAUGAUAAUGAAUCAAUAAUAUCAUCAACAAUAAAUUUAAUUGCCUAUAAUAAUAUUAUAAAUGAACGUUCACAACAAUUAAUAUUAUCAUUACGUGAAUUAACUGAAUGGAUUAUUAAACAACAAAUGGAAUUUCAACAAAAACAACAACAACAACAAAUACCGAUACAAUUUUCAUCAUCUGAUCAUAAUCAUCAUCAACAACAAAUAGCAAAAGAAUCGGAUGAAAUAAUACCAUUAGAUAUUGCAAAUGUUUUACAACAAAAAACAUCAUUAAUACAAUUAAGAAAUCAAUUGAUUGAAAAACGACCAAUAAUUGAUAGUAGUUUAUUAUCAUGUCAUAAUUUUCUUCGUCGUUUAGCUGUAAAACGUGCACAAGAUGUACAACAACAACAACAACAACAACAACGAUUAGGUAAUCAAUCAAGAAUAUCUGCAUCAACAUCGAUAGCAUCAUCGAUUGCUGGUUCAACAAUCAAUAAUAAUAAUGAUCAACAACAACAACAACAACAACAAAGAAAACAACAACAACAACAAAAUGGACAACAAAUUGAAAAAUUAGAAUUAUCAUUAAAUCGUGAAAUGAACAAAUUAUUAGAAUUAUGGCAUUCAGUACAAAGUACUGUUGAUAUUGGUUUACAACGUUUAGAUGAAGCACAUUUGCGAUUAAAUGAUUUACAACGUGUUAUGGAUGAUUUAGCUGCAAAAUUACAUGAAGCUGAAAUGGUUAAAUCUAAAUGGAUACCGAUUAUAAAUCUAACAUUUGAUGAUCUACCACAACAACGAUCACAAUUAAAGACAUAUAAUCAAAUGUAUGUUGUACCAGUAUCACGUGAUGUAAUACAUGUGAAUGAAAUUGCAGCACGUUUAACUGGUCGUAAUGUACCAUUAUCACAUGGUAAUCUAAAAUCAUUGGAAGAAGUAACAACACGUGCACGUUUAUUACGUAUUUCAAUUGAUGAACGUUCAAGAGAAUUAGAUCAAAUACAACAAGAUCAUGGCCGUCAACAACAACAUUUUUUAACUGAAGCAGUUGAUGAACCAUGGGAACGUGCUGUUACAAAUAAUAAAUUGCCUUGUUAUAUUAACCGCCAAACUGAAACUGUACAUCUAUUAUCACCACGUUAUAUACAAAUAAUUGAUUCAAUGAAUGAAUUUAAUGAUGUACGUUAUGCUGCAUAUCGUACUGCAAUGAAAUUACGUCGAUUACAGCUAAAACUUGGUCUUAAUUAUGUUAAUCUAAAUAAUCUGGUUCAAGCAUUUGAACAAUAUGGUCUUGGUCCAAAUAAUAAUAGUCAAAGAAAAUUAUCAAAAAAUUUAAAAUCUGAUAACACCACCAACGAUGAUUCAUCUAAUGAUAAUAAAAAAGAAUCAACAACAACAAAUAAUCGUGAAGAAGAUAAUAUUAAUGAUGAUUUACCAUAUGAAUUACGAUUGAUUUCAGUACCAGAUAUUGUUUCUUGUUUGAAAAAAAUAUUUGAAACUGCUGAAAUUGAACGACAACAACAAGAAGAAAGAUCAACAACAACAACAAAAACAUCAAGUAAUAAAAAACAAUCAAAAGAUAAAGAAAAUGUUAAAAUAUUGGCUAAUAAUAAUGCAGAUGAUAAUGAUUUAAAAUCUUCAUCAUCAUCAAUGGCUAUUAAUAUACCAAUUUGUGUUGAUCUUUGUUUAAAUUGGUUACUUGAUCUUUAUGAUGCACCAUCACGUGCCGGUUUUAUAAGACAAUUUUCAUUUCAAGUUGCACUGGUAUUAUUAUCACAUAUAUCAUUGGAACAAAAAUAUAUUUAUCUAUUUAAUUUAAUUGCUAAUAAUGAUAAUCAUUGUGCUGAUGAAAGACGUUUUGGUUUAUUAAUAUAUGAUUGUUUACGUUUACCAAAAUUAUUGGGUGAAGUUGCUGCAUUUGGUGGUACAAAUGUUGAACCAAGUGUACGUAGUUGUUUAGAAAUGUCAUUAGCAUCUGGUUUACGUUCAACAAAUACAAUUAAUAAUGGUAAUGGUAAUGAUGGUGGCAGUAUUACAAUUGAUCAAGUAUUAGCAUGGAUACGUGCUGAACCACAAUCAUUAGUUUGGUUAAUUGUAUUACAUCGUUUACGUUUAGCUGAAAAUAGUUUACAUCCAGCUAAAUGUAAUAGUUGUCGUAAAUAUCCGAUAAAAGGUUUUCGUUAUCGUUGUUUAAAAUGUUUUAAUUUUGAUCUUUGUCAAUAUUGUUUUUUAUCGGAUAAAUCAAUUAAAAAACAUAAACCAUCACAUCCAAUGCAAGAAUAUUGUAUUGCAACAACAUCGGGUGAAGAUAUGCGUGAUUUUAGUAAAAUUUUACGUAAUAAAUUUAAAUCUGGACGUUAUUUUAAAAGACAUCAAGCAUUAGGUUAUUUACCUGUACAAUCAUUACAUGAAGGUGAUCGAUUAGUUGCUAAUAUUAAUGAUAAUAAUGAUAAUAACAACAGCUAUAAUAAUAAUAAUAAUAAUAAUAAUGGAGAAUCAGAAUAUGAACCAUCAUAUGUUCAUACAUUACAAGGAUCAUAUUCACAUGCACCAUCAUCAAAUACAACACCUGUUCAUACAUUAACAUAUCCACAACGUUCAAUAAGUCCUGGUUCAUCAAUGAUGAUGAUGAUGAAUACGGCGAAUAGAAAAGAUUUAGAUUUUCAAUUUAUUCAUCAACAACAACAACAAUCGCAACAUUAUACAUCAAUAAGACCAGGUCCAUUACCACCAUUACCAUCAAUGAAUAUUAAUACAAGUGGUAUUUAUGGUACAAGAUCAAUUUAUCAACAACAAUUACAACAACAACAACAAAGAAAACAACAACAACAACAAAUAGCUGCUGCUUCUUCUGCGAAUAAUCAAUCACCAUCUGGACAUCGAAUUUUACCAACAAUAACAACAGGAUCAUCGAAUAAUGUUGGUGGUGAUCAAAAUCAAUUUGUUCGAAUAUCACCAUCACGUUCUAGUCUUAAAUCUAAUCAAAAUAAUCAAAAUCAAAAUAAUGAUGAUAUACAUCAACGUCUUGGUAAAUAUGCAAAUCGAUUAGCUGAAAUUGAAAAUCAACAACAACAACAACAACAACGACAACCGAAUCCAAUAUUAUUAAAUCGUAGUGAAUCAUUACGAUCUAAUGGACGUUCACAAUUACGUACAGGUCGUUUUGAUUCAUUACAACCAAUGACAACAGCAGCAUUGAAUCAAUUACCAUCAAAUCAUCCACAUCGUCGUAGUUCAUUAAAUCAACCUGGUUCAGGUGAACGUCAUCAUCAUCAUCAACAUUUACAAUUUCAAAAACAACAACAACAACAACCAAUUUCAAUACAAAGUCCAACUGAAAUGUUAUCAAAAAUUGCAGCCGAUCAACGUAAUGAGCUUGAAAUUAUUAUACAAAGAUUACAAGAAGAAAAUCGAUUAUUAAUGAAUGAAUAUAGUCAAUUAAAAGGUAAAGAUGAUGAUGAUGAUGAUGAAAAAUCAACGAAGAAAACAACAACAAAUGAAAAGAAUUUACAAUCAUCAAUGGACAAAGCAGCAAAAUCCAUUGAUAUUGAUAAUCAAGCGGUAAUUACCAAUGGUAGUGGUCAGAAUCGAAUGAAUUCAUCAUCAUCAUCAUCAACAUCAUCACCACCAUCAACAAUAACAUCACCACCAUUAUCAAUAACAUCACCAACAAAUUCAUCGGAUAAUCAACAAACAAAAUUUUCGGAUUGA